AUGGAUUCAUUGUCAUUUUCUGGAUCAUCGAAAAGGGCAAAGGCACCUGGGAAUGUUACACAAGUUGCUCAGUGCUUGGUGGAUGGGUGUAAUGCGGACCUAAGUCUGUGUCGAGAGUAUCACCGGCGUCACAAAGUCUGCGAGGCACACUCGAAAACUGCAAGGGUCACUAUCGGGGGUCGAGAGCAGCGGUUUUGUCAACAGUGCAGCAGGUUUCAUUCCUUGAUAGAGUUUGAUGAGGGAAAGAGAAGCUGCAGGAAACGUCUUGAUGGCCAUAACAGGCGCCGGAGGAAGCCUCAGCCUGACACCCUGUCCAGAAGUUCUGGUUUGAUGUUUCCUGGUCAGCAAGGUACACGAGUUCUCUCGUUUAAUAGCCCGGAUAUAAUUUCGAAUCCCAUUGCGAGCUCGUCUUGGGCCAGGGCCGCGAAAACUGAGACUAAUAUGAUUCUAUACAACAAUCAACCACACUCAAAUUACAUCGAGAGACAAAAUACAUUUCCUGAAAGUUCGGCUCAUAGCUUUAAAGGAGUAAAUCAACUUCAAUUUUUGCAAAGCGCUCUCCAAAAUGCGCAAGAAAUUUCCAUCUGUCAACCUCUUCUAGAUCCGAAUGCUGCAUCAGGAAGAAAUAAUACCUGCAGCCUUUAUUCUGAUGGGUUAAAUCAAGUCGUUGACUCUGAUCGUGCUCUCUCUCUUCUGUCAUCGGCCCCAGCUGUUUCUCAGGAAUUUGGUUUGGACCAUGUGGUGCAGCAUGAUCCAGUACUCCCAAAUGCACAGUCAGUUCACAGCCUUCAGUAUAUCGGUCUAGGCCAAUACUCGUAUCCUCGAGAAGUUGAAAGCAAGUCAGUAGGGUUUGACAUGGAUUCCCCCCACGGUAGCAAAAACUCCACUGUUCAUUUUCAGGGAAUGUUUAUGAAUGAGCCUGAUGGGUCGUCUACAAGUGGAUCCCACCAAACGCGGACAUUCACUUGGGAGUAA